AUGUCGCUGGAAUACCCCGACACCACUGCCAACUUACCGCCGUCGAGCAAUACGACUGGCGACAACCCCGUCAUCCUUGACGUCGACAAGAUCGACCGCGCCAGUUCCAUUGAGACUGCGAUGGAGCCAAUCGCGCCAGCCGAUCAACCGCAACAGGGGAAUCGCUUUUCAUUGUCGGGUGCCGGCCACAUUUCUCUCGACGAUGUUGAAGCUGUCAAUGUCCAAAUACGUGAUCUCGCGGUGAGCGUUGACACUUCACCUUCAUGGUUCGACCCUGCAACAUAUUCGGAUUUAGCAAAGGCGAAGUUUAACCCCCAACCGAGCUCCAAAACUCUGUUGCACCAUGUCAGCGCUUCCCUGCCAGCUGGGACCCUGACGGCGAUCAUUGGCGGUAGCGGAUCUGGUAAAACGACGCUGCUCAACACCAUGUCGGAACGUAUGAUUAGCACUCGGCUGUCGCAGGGCGGGUCUAUUACUUUCAAUGGAAGCGAAGGAGUGCACAACGCUCGCCAUGCGUACGUGAUGCAACAGGAUAUUCUCUUGCCCACCUUAACUGUACGGGAAACACUUCAGUAUUCUGCCGAUUUGCGAUUGCCGCCACCAACAACGGCCGAAGAGCGAAAACGCAUUGUGGAGGAGGUUAUUCUCGAGUUGGGAUUGAAAGAAUGCGCCGAUACAAGGAUAGGAAACAGUCAGCAUCGCGGAUGCUCGGGAGGUGAGAAGAGAAGGGUUAGCAUUGGUGUUCAGCUUCUGGCGAAUCCCUCGGUGGUCUUCCUCGACGAACCGACGACAGGCCUCGAUGCCACCAGUGCCUUUCAGCUUGUGCGCACGCUGAAGAAAUUGGCCACGAAGGGUAGGACAGUCAUUACGACCAUUCACCAACCUAGGUCCGAAAUCUGGGACCUCUUCGACAACCUCAUCAUCCUCACUAGGGGAAGCCCAGUAUAUUCGGGCCCGGCCAAGGACUGUGUACCGUGGUUUGAGGGCAUGAAUUUUAAGCUUCCGCCCUUCGUCAACCCGGCCGAGUUCGUCAUCGAUAUUGCUGCCAUAGACAACCGCACACCAGAACUCGAGGAAGAGACGACGGCACGGGUAGACCGUCUCAAGACGGCGUGGAACAACGAGAGCGAGAAGAAGUUUGCGCCGUCAGAGAAGCUCGUAGAGACGUCUGGACGCAGACGAAGUAGUAAAACGGCGACUACAAAACAUGCUGCCUAUGGACGACAAAUACGAGUCCUGACUGACAGGACUUUCAAAGUCACUUAUCGUGACCCAAUGGGAAUGGCGGCCGCGAUUAUGGAGGCCAUUUUGAUGGCCCUUGUCACAGGGUAUAUCUUUUUCGACUUGCCCAGAGACCUUUCCGGCAUUAGGUCGCGUCAAGGUGCACUCUACACCGUCUCUGGCCUGCAGGGAUACUUGACACUCAUGUUCGAGGUCUACCGUCUCACGUUGGAUGUACCUACAUAUGACCGCGAACACAGCGAGCACUGCGUCGAUGCCGUCCCGUUCCUUCUCUCGCGCCGCCUUGCUCGUCUUUUCACCGAGGACCUACCCGUGCCGUUCCUGUUCUCCGUAAUCUUUUAUUUUAUGGCCGGUUUCGAUAGAGAAGCGGGCCAGUUCUUCACCUUCUUCGCCAUUACGCUCAUCAACCAUUACAUCGCCGUCACAUGCGCCAUUACCUGCGUAACGGCCUCUCGCAACUUCCCAGGUGCAAGUUUGAUCGCCAACAUGGUCUUUACGCUGCAGAGUAUGGCUUGUGGCUACUUUAUCCAGUCAAACACCAUUCCCGUUUACGUGAGAUGGCUCAAGUGGAUCACGUACCAGUUCUACGGUUUUGGUGCUUACUGCGGUAACGAAUUCACGGACGCCUUCUACGAUUGCCCAGUUGAGGGCGGCCCUUCCAAUCCGGAGUGUAACCAAUACACGGGAAGCUUCGUAAUGAAUUCUCUCGGAUUCCCUCCCAAUUGGGUUUGGCGGCCAAUUAUCGUCAUGCUAUCCUUUGUGGUCUUUUUCUGCGCGCUGGCAGCUAUUGGCUUGCAGUUUAUCAAGCAGGAGAUGACCAUUGCGCGAGCCAGAAAUUCCGACGCUGACUUGUCAGCUGGUAAGGAGAAGAUGAAGGCGCAGUCUAUAUCCGAAGUACGCACUAUCGACGUGGGACUGGAUGACUUUGCCCUGGACCUGGAUAAGAGAGCUGCAUCGGGCAAGAAGCUGCCGCGAAAGACUAUCCUGAACCCAGUCAACACUACAUUCCAAGCUGGCAAGCUGAACAUCAUCAUGGGUCCCUCGGGAAGCGGUAAAACCUCUCUACUAAAUGCUAUGGCUCUGCGACUGCAUAAUAGCGUGGGCACAAGGUACUUGCCAUCCGGCAAGCUGACGUUCAACGGAGCUGCACCUUCAAACUCAGUCAUCCGAUCGGCGUGCUCGUAUGUCUGCCAGGACGAUGACGCCCUGCUACCGUCUCUGACGGUACGCGAAACUCUUCGAUUCUCCGCUGGUCUGCGUCUUCCAUCCCAUAUGACCAAGGAUGAAAAGUACAGACGGGCAGAGGAGGUGCUUCUGAAGAUGGGCCUGAAGGAUUGUGCGGAUAAUCUCGUCGGUAACGAGCUGGUCAAGGGUAUUUCUGGUGGCGAGAAGCGACGAGUAACCAUCGCCGUGCAACUGCUCAGCGACCCCCGCGUUCUGUUACUCGAUGAGCCCACUAGCGGUUUGGACGCGUUUACCGCUAAUUCCAUCAUGGAGGUCUUGCAAGGUCUCGCACAUGAGGGUCGCACACUCAUCCUUACCAUCCACCAGGCCCGAUCUGACCUGUUUAAGCACUUUGGAAAUGUCCUAUUGCUGGCCCGCGGAGGCUCCCCUGCCUACGCCGGCUCGGCUAAGGACAUGCUAGCCUAUUUUACCCGCCAGGGGUUCGAAUGUCCCCCGCACACGAAUCCCGCUGACUUUGCGCUUGAUCUCAUCACGAUCGAUCUGCAGCAUGAGCAAAGAGAGGCCGAGAGUCGUGAGAAGGUUAAGAAGCUGGUCGAGGCGUGGCAGACACAGACUGUGACGGAGUAUGAAGGGACGAACGAGAAACGGCUUCCAGGUAUUGAAGAAACGGAAGAAGGCAACUCAACAGAAACGCAAACCCUCGAUGCAAAAACCAGCCAGGACCAAGAUGCCAUCGCCAGGCCAUCGUUGUCCCGCCCCGGUCCCCGCAAAUCCUUCAACAAAACGUCGCUGGCAACUCCAGCAGAACUAGGUGCUCUUGUGCGCAAACGUGCAUCAUUCUUUACCGCCUUCCCUAUUCUCCUGCACCGUGGGUUGAUCAACUUCCGCCGACAACCGCCGCUCCUCGUUGCGCGUGUGAUGCAAGUUGUGAGUCUUGGUGUUGUCCUGGCCCUCUUCUUCGCCCCCGUCAAGAACGACUUCUUCUCGGUUCAAAACCGCAUGGGUUUCGUGCAAGAGAUUGCCGCCUUGUACUUUGUUGGCAUGCUCCAAAACGUCGCCGUAUUCCCUGCCGAGCGUGACGUCUUCUACCGCGAGGACGAUGACGGCGUCUACAGCGUCGAAGCCUUCCUUGCAGCCUACUCAGUUCUCGAGUUCCCGUUCGAGGUGAUCAGCUGUCUCAUUUUCGGAGUACUCGGCACUUUUGCUGUGGGUUUGCCUCGGACCGUCCCCAUGUACUUCUCGUGUGUUUUCGCCUGCUUCGGUAUCGUCUCAUGCGGCGAGUCUGUGGGCAUCAUGUUCAACACUCUUUUCAACCACACCGGUUUCGCCGUGAACAUCAUCUCCGUCUUCAUGUCUGUGGCCAACACCAUGGCGGGUAUCAUGUCUAUCGACAUGCCGCAGCUGUACAAGAUUUUCAACUAUCUCUCCCCAAUCAAGUACGCCACUCGCGCUGUCGCGCCGUACAGUCUCGAAGGCGUCCUCUUCACGUGCAACGACGAGCAGAGGUUGCCCAACGGCCGGUGCCCGAUCGAGACGGGCGAGGAGGUGUUGGAUCUGUACAAGUUCAACGUUGAUCCGAAGGUGAAUAUCGCGGCGCUGGCGGGAUGUGUCAUCAUUUACCGCCUCGUUGCGUGGGUUUUGCUCAGAGCAGCGAGGACGAGGUUUGACGGGCUGAGGGGGAAAUAA